AUGGACGCAAUCGCUGAUUCUGCAUUUCAACCAACAAAAGCCAAAUCGGCUGUGACAGAGGAAACUCCUUCGCUUCUCACAGUAAUCGUUGAUACCACUCCAAAGCUUUGGGCAGAGCUAGACAAAGAGAGCCAUCAGGAUGCCAAUUUAAUCAGUGCUUUACAGUCUUUGAUAGUGUUCCUUAACGCACAUCUGGCAUUCAAUAGUGCUAAUCAAGUAGCAGUCAUAGCUGCCCAUUCUUCCGGUUUGAAAUAUUUGUUCCCUACCACCUCAUCAGUGAACCAAACCACGGCCCAAAAGUCCGGUGAUCUAUCUAUUAUUAGUACCGACAUGUAUCGACAGUUUCGAAAUGUGGACGAAACUGUUUUGGAAGAGCUAUAUAACCUCCUGAAAUUAGAAAAGUCCCAACCAGAGCCAGGUAAUGGUAUUCGUAAAAGUGCAUUGUCUGGUGCCAUGUCUGCAGGUUUGACCUAUAUUAACAGGGUGACGAAAGAACAAGACAACAUAUCCCUGAAAUCCCGCCUAUUGGUUAUCACAUGCGGAUCUAGUGGUGGAAAGGAUGAAGGAUUUCAAUACAUUCCUAUCAUGAACUGCAUUUUCUCCGCAACCAAAACCAAAUGCCCCAUCGAUGUUGUUAAAAUAGGCGGUACACAAGAGUCUACAUUCCUCCAGCAAGCUACUGACGCGACCAAUGGGGUUUAUCUGCAUGUAAAUUCUACAGAAGGUUUGAUUCAAUAUUUUUCAACGGCGAUGUUCAUUGAUCCAUCUUUGAGACCGAUUAUUGUGAAACCAAAUCAAGGCUCCGUCGACUUCAGAACAUCCUGCUACUUGACUGGAAAGGUGGUUGCAGUGGGUUUCGUGUGCAGUGUAUGCUUGUGCGUUUUAUCCGUCAUUCCACCAGGAAAUAAAUGCCCUGCAUGUGACUCAGAGUUUGAUGAGCACGUAAUUAAUAGACUUAAAAGGAAACCAGUAGUUCCAUCAAUGGUGAGAAAAAAAAAAGGUAACUAG